AUGAGUAAGACUAAAAGACUCCUUUUUGGUGCUUACUCACUUAUAAGCUUGAGUGUUAUUGUUUUAUUUAGUGGAGGAAGAAGUGGCCCCUUUAGUAGGAACUCCACAUAUCUGUUUGAAAAAAUCUUCCAAACAGAGCUUUCAGAAAGAACGUUUGGGCUAACUUUGUCCCUGAAAGAAAAACAGACCAGAUUUACCUUCGAAAGCAUUUCGUUAAAAAAAGCGGAGAAGCAACAAUCUAAAGAAAUUAAACAAGCGGACAAAAAUGAUGAAAGUGAAAUUAAGAAAAUAGGAAAAAAUAGUGGAGUGGAAUCAAAAGAAAUUACUAAAAAAAUUAAGGAACUAAAGAAGCAGCUUAAGAAGGAAAGAAAGACUAAUCCAAAUGCUAGACUUAUGGAAAUAUUUAACGAAUCUGGAGGAUUUAGUGGCUCUAUUACUGAUAGUGGUGAUUCAGACUCCAUACCUAAUUCUACUUCAUCUUUUGAUCGUGAGGAUGGGCUCAGAUCAGGAACAGGAUCUAAUCGAGUUAACUCAGCCAAUUCUACAUCUAAUAGAGUUAACUCAGCUAAUUCUACAUCUAAUCGAGUUAAUUCAGCCAAUUCUACAGCAAGUUUAACAAAAGAAGAGAAGAAACAGCAAAAGAAACAAGAUAAGGAAGAUGAAAAGGAAGUCAAUAAUAGGUUAAUUUCAUCUGGGAUGACCAAGAGCGAGGCGAAGAAAAAGCUUAAGGAACUCAAAAAGCAACUUAAAACUAAAAGAAAAAGUGGUUUUCCAAGAGCUACCCUUCUUGAUAUAUAUGAAGGUUCUUCUAAUGGUACAGUAAUGGAGGGUGGAACAACUAGAGCACCUAGUUCUGAUAUUGAAACUAGAGUAUCCAACUUGGAAAAGAAAGUCAAUAAACUAAUUAGAAAAAACAAAAAAAGAAAGGCUUCAAUUGAUAAACUGAAUUCUAAUAUGUCAAAACUGGCAUUUAUUGUAAGGAGGAUGACUAAAAAUAGAGGAAUAAACUCAAACUCUCCUUUUGGAGAUGAUGACAAUGAUGAUGAUGAUGAUGCCUAG